AUGGGUGACGAUCGCCGUCGUGUUCCACGUGACCUACGAAACUUACGUGCUUGUUUGGUAUGUUCAUUGAUUAAAAGUGUUACCAUGUUCGAAGAUGAUGGAUGCGAUAAUUGUGAAGAUUUUAUGCCAAUGAAAGGCAAUCGUGAACGUGUUUAUGAUUGUACAUCAAGUAAUUUCGAAGGUAUGAUUGCACUGAUGCAACAGGAAGAAUCUUGGGUAGCUAAAUGGCAACGCAUUUCGCACAACGUCAAAGGAAUGUAUGCAGUCUCAGUUACGGGAACAUUACCAAAACGUAUUCAACGCGAAUUAGCACAAAAUGGUCGAUUCUAUCGCAGUCGCGACGUCAGUUUAAAAACAUAA